CCCGGAAGGGAGCGGCGCGGGGGAUCCGCCGCUGCCGGGUGCUGCUGUGUCCGGGUCCGGCGCGGGCAGGGGCAUGAACGGCUCGGCGAACCCGCUGCUGGACAAGGAGGAGCACGGGCUGCAGCUGGGGGAGAGCUUCGAGCGGCGGCCCAAGGCCUCCUUCCACACCAUCCGCUAUGAUUUUAAACCAGCAUCUAUAGACACAUCUUGUGAGGGGGAGCUCCAGGUUGGUAAAGGAGAUGAAGUAACAAUUACACUGCCACAUAUUCCAGGCUCAACUCCUCCAAUGACUGUGUUCAAAGGAAAUAAAAGACCAUAUCAGAAAGACUGUGUACUUAUUAUCAAUCAUGACACUGGGGAAUAUGUGCUGGAAAAACUUAGUAGCAGCAUUCAAGUCAAGAAAACAAGGGCUGAGGGCAGCAGUAAGAUCCAGGCACGAAUAGAACAGCAGGCUGCCCGAGCCUCCCAGCCUUCCUCACAGUUCAAAGCCCCAUCCAAGCCAGCAGCUGGGCCCAAAACCUCCCCUUUGAAAGACAACCCUUCACCUGAACCUCAGCUGGAUGACAUUAAGAGAGAGCUAAGAGCAGAGGUUGAAAUUAUUGAACAGAUGAGCAGCAGCAGUGGUAGCAGCUCAUCAGACUCUGAGAGCUCUUCUGGGAGUGAUGAUGAAAGCUCUAGCAGUGACGGGGAAGAGGCUGCACGUAUUUCCCCCUCUCAGCCACCACACCAGCAGUACAACAACAGAAAUGCUGUUGCUAAUGGUACCAGCAGGCCACAAGGAAGCAAUCAGCUAAUGAACACUCUCAGAAAUGACUUGCAGUUGAGUGAAUCUGGAAGUGACAGUGAUGACUAGGGCUGAGGUUUCUCUUUUUCUACUGCAUAUAUAUGAAGAACUAAUUUACUUUUCAAUGAGCCCAAUGCUGAUGAGGGAAUUGGCACAGGAAUAGCUCUGUGCAUGGAAUUUUAAUAGAAGCAAUGUAUAACCCUAUGGACUAUCAAAUGUUAUUCUAAACAGAAGCUGAGGAGGAUUUUACUUUGUUUAUUAAGUGUAUAUUUUAUGUAUAUGCUUAGUCUUUUAAAGUUUUAAAUAGAUAUGUACAGUAGAUAAGCCAGUCUGUGAUCCUGACUACUGUUGAUCUGUAAAGCAUAAUGCAUAUUCUUUUGAUGUAAUCUAAAUGUUUCUUGUUCAUGGGAGAUGUUCAGUGCCGUAGUACAUUAAGGAAAAAUGUGUGUUUAGGACAGACGUGAGCCAACAAUUCAUUAAAAAACCCAUGUGGGAGCUGGAGUUUAAACUAAAUUUCAUCACUAAACUGUCUUCUUCAGUUUGGGGCUUUUCUAAUGCCUUUUUAUUGCUAUUUUUGGCUAACCGUGAUGUGGGAGUGUUUUAAACAGUUGUAAAAGAAGUUAUAAAAUUGCCUCUUCAAUCACUACCUUGUUGCACCAAUGCCUUAUGGAAUAAUUUUAAAUAAAACUUCAGUUGCUGCCUCCAUUAUUAAAGGAAACAAUACUAGAAGCUGUUCAAAUUACCUUCAUAAACAAACAGUCAUGCAUGUACACACACUGUGUAUGUGUAAUAAUUGGCAUUGGAGACAGGUAUUCUCUCAAAGUAAUGUUCUUAGGUGUUUUAAGUAACAAAAGUACCUACCUAUGUAAAUAAGAAGUAGGACAACUUUCUCUAAUAUAUCACACAGUCUCAUUUAAUUCUGGUUUUCAGUCUCUAACGAAAACGGUUUAAAUAUAGAAUAUCAACCUUAUUUAAAUUACUCCAAAAUACUCCAUUUGGAACUGGAGAAAAGAUAUUUGCAACUGCAGGGCUAGAGCCCAUUGCUACAAGAUGAUUACACCAAACGGAUGAAUAAACAGUUAUAAGAUGCAACUGGAAGCAGCCCGCCUUCUCCAAGGUUCCCUACAUGGAGUUUUCCCCAGGUUGUUCCUUGGCAUGGAUCUCAUGAGGGACAAUGGGUCCUGUCAUUCUUCAGAGCAAGAAACAUUUACCCCUGUAAGGUUUUUUUGUUUGUUUGUUUGUUUCAUUUUGUGCAUACAUGGGACUUAAGUGAUGCAUGAGGUUCAUGCUGCCCACUCCACACACAGUUCAAUUUCAGCUGUUACCCACAUGGCAUAAGGCAAGUGGCAGUAGGCGUCUAAUGUAAGCCAGGAAAUACAAAGCUAAAUGUUUACUUUCCUGGCUUUUGUCUAUCAGUGGUAGUAUACCAUCAUUCAUGUGGUUUUGUUUCCCUGUUUGUUAGGGUUUUUUUCUCUUUAAAAAAAAAUGCAUUGGAGGGCACUAGGGGAAUUUUGAAGGAAGGUUAUAAAACCCAGAUUAUUUUCCUGCAUUCGAUAUAUAUUUAAAGAGGCAUCUUUCUUGUACAUAUGUUUUUUUAAAAAUAUUUGGUUCUAAAAGAAUAUGAUAUGUAUACAUAUUUUAACGCAUAAUUAAGAAAUACAGUUGGUUUAUAACCAAAAUGAUUUGAUUUUUCUCUGUGAGCAAAGGGAAUACAGGUGCUCUCUCCUAGCAAGCUGCAAAAGCUUUGGUCUUAACAAUUGGUAUAGCAGCUAUUUAACUGAAUGUGUGUUUGCAACCUAAUUAGUAGUAAUGGUGCUUCCAAAAUAUCAUCCUGAAUUUCCCUUGACUUACAUGUUAGAUAAGCAGUGAAGUAGCUAAUAACUGCAACAACGCAUUAUAAGUUAUUCAGUGGCUGCAUUGUGCCCUCUAAAAUAUGGGGUGUUUCAUAGUAAGUGUUCUGAUUAUUCUUCGAGUGUAUGCAGUUUAAAAGGGGAUAAGACAACAUAAAAAGGAAUAUACCAGACAUUGCUUAUGAUCAUGUCUAAGAUAGUAGGCACACUAACAGUACUGAGUCAGCACUCAUCAAGCCAGAAGUCCUAAAAUAUACAUACCCGAAAGGUCAGCAUAGGCCACACUUGUAUCCCACUCCCUCAAAAGGUUUUAUGGCUUCUCGUGUACCCAUGCUGUAUUCCUUGAUGUUCCAGCAAAACAAAUUGGAACAUCCCAUGUUCUCAGAAACCAGACUUAACCAAUUGGUUUAAGAGGAAAAGCUGAUAGGAAAACGUUCUCACUUGUGUUUUUUUUCUCUAGGGUCAGAGAAAUGGGUACUCAGGAAUAAUACAAAAUUGAAGUACAUAUAACUAUUUGGAGAAUACUGUGCCUAAAGUUUAUUUGCAUAGUUUACUUUAUUAUAGGCUAAACAUACGCGUGUUUACAGUUAUGUGAAAAAAUAAUUUGCAGUGUAAAGCUAUAUCAUUUUUUCUCUUUCAAAUUCAGUUUAUUUAAAUAAAAAAUGAAGUUUAGCAAUCCAAA